GCAGCAGUAGUAUUUCUCUUAUUACUCUCUCUCUCUCUCUCUCUCGUUUGCGCGGGAACGUAAAGCAGAGUGCAGAGGCGAAGCUCGAGCAAACCCUUCCGUCUCCCUCCGGUGAGCCUCUCCACCACCACCACCACCACCUCAGCGAGCUCCCUCCGCCCCUCCUCGCCCAUGGCGAAGGGGCGGAGUCGGAGACGAAGCCCCGGCGGCGGCGGCGGCGGCGGCAGCGGAGGAGGAGCCGUCGAGGUCCUCGUGCGCGCCUACGGGGACCGCGCGCGCUCGCUCAAGGACGCGAUCCUCGCCCUCCUCCCUCCGCCGCCGCCCGCGCCGGCGGCGUGCCGGUGCGGCGGGGGCGGGUGCCUCGGCUGCGGCAGCGCCGCCCACCUCCUCCGCCCCGGCGACCCCGCCGCCUACCGCGCCCUCCUCGCCCGCGCCGUCUGCGCCGUCUCCCCCGCCGCCCCCCCGCCGCCCGUCCUCUUCGCCGUCCGCCACCGACAGCCCGUGACGCAACGAAUGAUUGUGAAGAACAUGACGGAGUUGAUUUUGGAUAGCUCGUUAUCGAAUAGCAAUGUACUAUGCGGAAACUACGAUAAGCGACGUUGCUUCAGCCCCGUUGGUGAAUUUCUCUGUUCUUCUGCUUGGAAUCUUCUUUUGGUUAGGAUUGGCAGUCCUUUGAUGGCUUUUCUUCUCAGGCAUUCGUCUAUUUUUAUGCCUAUUAUGAAUAAUUGCUACCAUCAAGUCACUGGUUCUCGGCUUGAUGUAGUCCUUGAGAACUCAGGAUUUUUGCGUACCUCCUUUGUUUCAAAAAACAAGAAAGUUGCACUGAAGAAUAAGUCUUCUUCAGGACUAAAAGUUAAGAGAAAGCGAGAUGAAUUUGAGGAGAGACUCAACGCUGAUGCCACUUUGCGACCUCAUCAUCCGUCGAUUGUUGAUAACUCCAUUGAAGUUGAUGUUAUCAGCAAAUCUAUUUCGGAGAAUGAAUCCUGUGUCCUCAAUAAUUGUACUCCACAGCAUUGUAAACCACUCAUGCCACUCUCAUCUUCUUUACAUGCCAAAGAUAUGCAAUUACAACAAGCAGUGCCCACAGGCUCAAAAGACAUGUGUAAUUCUCUUUGUUCUCUUGUUACUGAUGCUUCAGAAGAGUCUAGUAAGCGUGGAAAGCGAAAAAGAUUGUUCAGUUGGCAGCGUCGCAAAAAAUACAAGGAACACUUUAGGAAAGGUACAUUUGUUGGAACUAUAAAGCCAAUUGUAUCUGAUAUAAAUGCCAAUAAUCAGCCUACACAACCAGAUAAGGAAAUGAAAUCUUUUUAUGACUUGGGUAUCUUGGGAGUUCAAUCUACAAUUCUGCAAGAGACUCAAGCUGAGAUUUCAUAUGGCCAUUCUGUUGUCAGUGAUUUGCCAGAUAAAGGACCUCAAACGGAGCUUUCAUCUAAAUGUGCUGGAACAUCUGAGAACUUGCGCGAACUUCCAAAUUGCUCUGAACAGAACGAUCGGAAGUGCUUUAUUAACUUCAUGCUGCAUGCUUGUCGAAAAUUACCAAUGGAUGCUGAAGUAAAGAGACGAUAUAUAUUUUAUAAUAGAUCAUGGCCUUUCUCCGUCUUCCCACGAAAACAUAUUUUGAAUAGAUUAAAGCCAAACAAUUCUGGUGCCAUCUCUCUUAUGAAGCAUAUUUUUGGCUUUUCUGGUGGCUGCUCAGAUCUCCUGCAUUGUACUCAUUGCAGUAGCUACAGAAUCUGCAAAGCUAAAUGCUUGUAUCACUCGCUGCUACAUUUGUUCAAAUCUCUAAUACGGAAUGCCCAACGUUGCCAAUAUCGAAAAUUAUUACUUAAACACUGCCAUGUCACUACUUUUAAGAAGUCGAACAAAGAUAAUGAUGGUGCUGCUUCAAAGGAAAACAACCAUGGUUCAAAUUCGUCAGAAGAUUCUGAUCCAUGUUUGGAUCCAUCUCAAUCAUUCUGUAAGGGCGACCAGGUGGUUUCCUUUCUAUGGGCUGUUUCUAGAAGCAUAGUGCCUUCAUCUCUACUUGGAAAUUCUAGUAGUUGGAGAUGUCUGAGAAAAAAUAUUGGGAGGUUUGUUCGGUUACGUAGGUUCGAAAAUUUCUAUCUAAAAGGAUGCAUUCGAGGGCUGAAGAUUUCAUCCUUUCCAUUUUUGUCACAAACUAUGCUGUCUGUGUGCUCUUUUGAUCGGCAAAAGGCAAAAUAUAAAUAUGGGAAUUCUGAAAAUGUAGGGAUGGAUACAAAGAUAUCAAAAAAUACCAAAAGAAAGUUGCAUAGAAACUUCGUACAUCGUUGGAUUUACUGGUUCUUUAACUACCUAGUUGUUCCCAUUAUUAGAGCAAACUUUUAUGUUACAGAGAGAGAAUCAAAAAGAUACGAUGUGUUUUAUUAUGCAAAGCCAGUGUGGAGGAAGUUAGUGAAGACAGCCAUUGUUGGCUUGAAAGAGCACAACUAUGAGCUUCUGGAUCCAGAAUCUUUGAGAUGCAUAUUUCAUAACAAACCAUUUCCAUUCUCAAGAGUUAGAUUCCUUCCAAAAGAUAAAACCAUCAGACCAUUAGCGAAUCUUAAGUCAUCACGUUGGAUGCAUCAUCCUCAUAAUAAGCUUGAUCGCUUUGGAAUGCGCAGUAAUGGAAGAAAGAAUUUUUUGUAUUGCAAGUCGGUGAAUUCUUCUCUCCAAGAAUUACAUACUGUUUUGAGAAGAGUAAAGGCCGAGCAUUCAGAAUUUUUGGGAUCUUCUGUAUUUGACUACAAUGAUGUCUACCAAAACUUCCAUCAAUUCCUUUGCAAACUGAAAAAUGGAUCAAAGGGGUUGCCUGAUGUAUUUAUUGUUGCUGCUGAUGUAUCAAAGGCCUUUGAUUCCAUUAAACAUGAUAUGCUGUUCAAGAUAAUGGUAGACGCUAUUGCAGAUGAGGGGUACUUUAUUAGGAAAUACGCACGACUUGUAUGCACAAAGAAGUCUUCAGAUGGCAUUUAUAACCGAGUAUCUUAUGGCUGUAUCUCCAGCUGUGCUAGUGGGUCUUCUGCACCUGAGGCUUCUAUUCAGUUGUCAUCUUCAUUUGGUGUUUUUGUUGAUCAGGCGAAAAUUCAAAGGAUCACGAAAAGCGAACUUCUUGAUUGUCUGUGUGAUCAUUUGAAGUGCAAUGCAUUACAGCUUGGUCGGGAUUUUUACAUCCAAAAACUUGGCAUACCUCAAGGAAGUGUUUUGUCCUCUCUUCUUUGUUCUUUCUACUACGGCGAAUUGGAAAGGAGCAUCAUUAUGCCGUACCUUGAAAAGACAUGCAAGCAAUCAGAUGGCAGUACUUCUAUGCCGAACCAUUUGUUGCUGAGGUUGAUUGACGAUUUUCUUUUCAUAUCUACCUCCAAGAAUCUUGCUACAAGUUUUUUUGACAGGUUGAGGGGAGGAGUCAGUGAUUAUAACUGCUUCAUGAAUGACAAGAAAUAUGGUCUUAAUUUUGACGUAGAACAUAGCGACCGUAUUCUUAAUAGGGUAUAUACAGGUGAUGAUGGCAUAUCUUUUGUGCCGUGGAGCGGCUUGCUUAUUAACUGUAGAACACUGGAGAUUCAAGCAGAUUACACGAGGUAUAGUGAGGUACAUAUUAGUUCCACUAUUACAGUUCAACAACAUGGUAGCCCAAUGUAUCAUCUAAAAUGCAAGAUGUGUGAUUAUAUGCGGCCAAAAUGUCAUCCUAUAUUUUAUGACUCUAACAUCAACUCUCCGGCCAUUGUGAGAUUAAAUGCUUAUCAAGCCUUUCUUCUAUGCGCAAUGAAGUUCCACUGCUACGUUUGUAGCAUGCCUGGUACCAAAUUGGAUCCAAAUGUUCUGUUGAAAAUUAUUGUGAAGACUUUCAGUUACAUGCACAGUCUCAUCAACAAGCGCAUGCAUGACAUGGAGCUCUACAACAUCCAUCCGGUUUUCCGGCUGAAGAAAGCCGAAACCGUUUGGCUCGGGCUUUAUGCGUACAUUCGCAUGCUGAGGAAGAAGCAAUCCCGGCACAAGGAGCUCUUGGCUUUGUUGAAAUCACGAAUCUUGAUGUACGAUGGUGUGGACUACAAUUCGCCUCAUCUGAACUACGCUGUCGAUGACUCUCACUCAUCAGUGUUUUGGAAACUCAAGUUCUAGAGAAGAAAGUGGAGGUGGGUUGUUUAUGAAGCAGUAUUUUGAUUUCAGAAGAAUGAAAAUUGUCUAGCUGGGAAAGAGAAUUAUUCUUGUGUUACGAAAAGAAAAUCUAAUUCUUCUGAUGUUGUUAUUGUUGUUUACAGAUUUUUCAUUUAAAUUGAAACAACAAACUUUACUCA